AUGGUCCCGCCACCAGCAGUAGUAGUGACCUACGUCGAUGUCCCCAUCCCGCCAGCGUCGUCCAAGGCCAUCCGCGUCGUGACGGCGUUCAAGGGCCAGAUCAGCACAUUCAUCAUGGAGGAGCACGAGACCAUCCACGAGCUCAAGCAGCGCAUCGUGGACGACAUGCGCUGCGACUUUCCUGCCGAAGACGUGACCCUCUUUUGGGCGAAGAGGAAGGACCGCGAGUGGCUCAAGACUCGCGACGGAGACUACCAGCUUCCGCGCCCCGGCGGCAUUCCAGACGAAGCGUGGGAGGUCCUGGACAACGCGGACAACGUGCUGGACCCGCAGGCGAUGGUGUCCGAGGAGCGAUUCGGCUUCCGAGGCGUGAACGAUCUCCGGCGUUUUGAGAUCCACGUUCUUGCGCUACUCCCAGAGCACCGCGAGCUGUCGAAGGGACUCCAGCAGGACGCGCGUGCGAGCAAAUUUGGUGUUGGCUGGGCUCGCUUGGCUUGGGAGCGACUGUUGACGAGCUCUAACGCCGUGUUCGGCAACGCGCAGACUGUACUUGGCAUGCACCGCGACGAUUUCAUUGACAUGUGA